CACCACCCAUGCAUGAAAAGAGACAUCAUGGCAAGGAAAAUUACAAUUUGUGAAGCUGGUCUCUGCUCUUGUUCUACUCUCUCUAGGUUUGAAGCUGUGAAGGCAUCCAUGGGAGACUCCAAGGAGGGUAAAAACAAUGGCAACAGCAGUGGAUGGAUGGCGGUGCCGGCGUUCGGGGAGUGGGACAUGAAGAACGGGGUGCCGGAUUACUCCAUGGACUUCACCAAGAUUCGGGAGAUGCGGAAGCAGAACAAGCACCCCUCCCGCGCCAGCCUCGGCAACGACGACGAGCUCCAGCUCCCCUCCAACAACAGCAACAACGAGGGGGAGGCGGAGGAGGAGCCCCGCCGCCGCCGCCACCGCCAUGGCUCCCCCACAGGGAGGAAGAAGAAGUUGAUGGGAUGCUUGCGGUGCUGUACAGGUGCAUGAGGACAGUCACACUCACUGCUGAUGACUCAGUGUUCCUUCUCUUCGCUAACAAAAAUGUAUGCUUUGAGAAUCUUAAAUCUUCAAUGCCACUCUGCAUCAUCUACUUGGAUUUAGCCAAGCUGGGAAGAACUUUAGAAUGUAGCAGUGAUUGAUGAACACCAUGAGUGUGCUGCUCUGAAACCUAAUCCUAUUUUGUGGUUGUGUUGCAACUUCAAAUUUAUUCUA